CAGUCUGAGAUCUUUGCAGAAAAAAUCUACUGAAAAAAGUUGAAAAACAGGAAGAAAAAAUCCCAAUUCCAACGCCUCUGCUCUCUCCGUCCCAUGGAAGCCAAUAAUGACAGCAGUGGACUGAGCUCUUACUACAACCACCCUCAGCUUAACCUCCAAACUACGACUCCACCACCGUCGACUGCCGCAUCCGCCACAAUUCCAUUACCGACUAAUGGAGUUGUACCUAACAGUACAACCAAUAACAGCGACGUGUACACUCACACCACCGUCCCUUCUGCGGUCUCCUCGCCUGCAGAGAACACGAAGAGAAAGAGAGGAAGACCCAAAAAGUACGAAACCCCCGAGCAAGCCGCGGCUGCUAGGAAGCUACACGCUUUGGCUUCCUCCGCGGCUUCCAAAAAGAAACGGGACCAAGGCUUGGCGGCUCCUGCCUCCACCCCGUCCUCUUAUUCCUCGAAGAAACUCCAGCUGGCUGCUUGCGGGCGGUCCCAUAUGCUCUUUCUCACAGCAGGACUAGAGGCAAGUCCGUGAAAGAUAACGCAAGGU